AUGUCCGUGACUCGGUUAUCUGCCGAGGACGACAAUCAGGAGUCCAAAAAAGCCAAGAAGGAAGCCCCACUGGUGCUGGGCUUCUCAGACGAAGAUAAGAUCGGAACCAUCCAACCCUAUGAUGAUGCUUUGGUAAUCACACUCAGGAUAGGGGGAUAUGAUGUGAAGAGAGUGUUGGUAGAUCAGGGCAGUGUUGAGGAAGUAAUGUACCCCGACCUAUACAAGGGGCUGAACUUAAAACUCGAGGACCUAAUGCCGUACGAUUCCCCUCUAGUAAGUGUCGAGGGAAAGACCGUUACUCCAAGAGGCCAAAUUAGACUGCCCAUACAAACCGGUUUGGAUGUGGUGGAAGUGGAUUUCAUUGUGGUGGACAAUUAUUCACUCUACACAGCUAUUGUGGCUAGACCUUGGCUUCAUACCUUAGGAGCUGUCUCUUUUACCCUGCACCAGAAGGUGAAAUAUCCGUUAGAGGGACAGGUUAAGGAGAUUGUGGGGAAUCAGUCCAUGGCCAGACAGUGCAUUGUGGUUGCUAUCUCACAUCAACCCAAUGUUGAGUCCUUGGCCUCCGCUGAGAGGAGCUUGUAG